GUUGAAAAGUACACGAUGAAAAAAAAUAUCUUCCAGCAAAUAUUCCGACCGUCGACAAAAACUACGAAUAUGCAGAAAUGCAGUGCGAUAUCAACCUGGAAAUCAAGGAAUGUUGUCCACAUUGCGAGACACUAUUGUGGUGAGCCAGGCGACGGAGCAGGAAAAGGAGGUGGAGGCGGUGGGUCUAUCAGAGAUGCAGGAGGAGCCUUUGGAAAAAGAGAAUAUGCUCUUGAGGAAAGCUACUUUUAUAAAAAGCAAAGAGAGCAAUUGAAGAGACUGAAAGAGCAGUGGGACAAAUUUAGAGGAAAAACAUCAUGCCAAGAAAAUGCUGACAAGGACAAGGAGUGAUUAAUCCAGGACAGCGCCUAACCUAGUGACGUUUCAGGACUAACAAUAUCAGGUUCCACUUCACGGGCAUACAAACGCGAGUCAAGCAAAAAGCAGUUCGGGAGAACUUAGAGGGGGAUAACAUACCCAAAACAGAACGUUGAAACUAAAGAUGAUGUACUUCAAGCAACAGCUGACUUCGCUGGUAUCCUUCCUCGUGUAAACUUUGGUGGGCAUCUUUCGAGCUUCUUCCGGAGCAGAUCACGAAAUCACUCUAACGCUCACUCUAAAAAUUCACCGUGUAGUGAUCGAACUUACAAUGAGCCAAUAUAAUGGAAAUCAUGGCAGUCGCAGUCGAAAAAGAAAAUGUAAAUCUCAGGCUGUCUGAAGUGUGACAAUGAGCUAUUCAUCAUUCAGUUAGAAUUAAAAUAAACACCUGUUGUGAGUGAA